AUGAGUAGGAAGAGGAACGAGAGUAUUGAUGAUGCGCUGAAUCAGUACGAAAAAGCAAGAGAGGGGAAGCUUGACAUGAUGGAGCUGGAAAGCGCCAAAGUGCAGGCAGACGGGUAUGCUGAUGUUGAUGACGAAGACAUAGCCGAUAUCAAAAAAAGGAAGAAAACGACGAAAGAAAUUGACGAAGAAGAAGGUGACCAACGGGUGCAAACGAAAUUGGUCAUUGAAGAGGUGUUGAAACCACAGGCUUCAACGACAUUGGUGAAAGAAGAAGCCGUUGAACACAAAGUUGAAAAAAUCGUCAAAUUGGUCGACCCGAAAUCUGGAAAGGAAGUGAAGCCGAAAGUGAUAGUGGGGACAAAAGUGAAUAAGGUGAACAAGGAGUUCUACUACUUUGAUAUCAUGCCUGUGCCCGAAUCAGUGGGGUCCUUGUUUCUUGUUGGGAAAGUGCUUGAGGGGAGUGUCUACAAGUCGGCGUGCCUGAUCAUUAAAGGAAUCCCAAAAAUUUUGUUCUUUGAGCCAAAACCUGACAACAAGGCGGAGGACGUCGUCGGUGAGAUCAACGACAUCAUCACGAAACAAAAGAAGAUGAGAAACGCGAAAAUGAAAAUUGAGACAAAGGAGAUGAUCAUCAAUCCGGAGGAUAACGGAGAAGACAAAGAAAAAAUGAUGAAAAAGAUCAUCCGUGGAGUCAGCGUCGAAUUUGUCAACCGAAAUGAGAGCGUUGCGGAGAGAGGAAAAACGUAUAAAGCGAUUCAUCAGAAAACAUUGACGUCGGAGGAGAUUUUGUUGUCGUUGUAUAGCAUCAAAGGACCGUCGUGGAUUUCUAUUAAAAAUGCGGAGGAAGUGGGAAACGAGUUGUUGAAAAAGAGUUGGGCGUGCAAGGAGUACAUUUUGAACUUGGAGGACAAGACCUGCGAGUUGAAAACACUCGAACAGAAGGCGUUUGAUCCGCCAAUGAAUGUGUGUAGUUUGAGCGCCGUUUCUGUGCUGGCGACAAGCGCAAAACAGCCGCAAAUGGUGUCGAUCGAUAUCAUUAAAAACGUCAACAUCACACAACCGAUGAAAACAUGGAAAGAGGAGAUCCAGACGUUUUACAUCAGUCAGAAGAACGCGAAGUGUGCGGGGAAGUUCUUUUUGACGUCUGAGGAGGUGGUGAAGCAGAUUGGCGACAUCUUUCAGAUCUACGACAUUGACAUAGUCAUUUCUCACGAUUUCAUCACUCAUGUGCUUCCAUUUUUCGAUGUGAUCAAUCGCUCAAGUAAAAUUGUUGAAUUUUCAACGUUGGGGAGACUGAAACGAACGAAGACUGGCGUCAACUUUUCUAAGAAAGAUUUGAAGGAGAAAAACUUUAGCGGAAGGAAUUUCAUGUCGGGGAGAUUACUAGUCGACACGUACGUCUUGUCUAAAGAAUAUUUGAGAGGAGAAAAAGUCAAUGACCUUGAUGUGUUAGUUUCGAACUAUUUGAAGAAGGAGAGAAAGGAAACCGUCGAUUUGACCCUUUCAAGUGCCGAACUGUUUGAUUUUAUGAACACUCCUGAGGGACUUGAACAUAUGAGAAAAUACCAAGAGGAGAACGUGAAGUUCCAGAUGGAGUUGGCGAAUAAAAUGAAUGUCAUUGCAAUGACAAAAGUCCUCACGAAUUUGGCGGGGAACAUUUGGUCACAUACGCUGAACGGACAGCGGGCGGAACGCGUUGAGUAUUUGUUACUUCACGAAUUUAUGAAGAGGAGAAGUGAGUUUGUGAUACCGGACAAGCGGUAUUUGGAAGGACAACAACACAAGAAAUACGCUGGUGGGUUGGUUUUGGAACCCGUCAAACAGUUCUACAACGACCCGGUGUUGCUGAUUGAUUUCAAGAGUUUGUACCCGUCGAUUAUCAUGGAAUUUGCCGUGUGUUUUACAAAUAACACCAUCGGUGAUAAGAGCGGGAAAUGUGUUCUUCCAGAAAUCAUCUCGAAGUUGGUGAAGAAGAGAAGAGCGCUCGUUGCGGAGAUGGAAAAAUUGGGGAGUAACGAGGAGAAUAAAAAGGCGCAGAUGAAUACCGAGCAAUUGUCUGUGAAGGUCAUGACCAAUUCCAUUUAUGGAUGUUUGGGGUUUAAGGGCGGACGAUUCUACUGCCAGAAAAUAGCCGAGUGGAUUACAAAGAAAGGAAGGCAGAUUUUGACUGCGACAUACGAACAAGUGCAAGAAUCGGGGUACAGUGUUGUGUAUGGAGAUACCGACUCGUUGAUGGUUAAACCCGAGACAAGAAGUUUGAAAGAAACGUACAAAGUUGGCGAAGAGCUCUGCAAGUUGAUCAACAACAAAUACACAUCACUUGAAAUUGAAAUUGAUGCGGUGUUCUCCAAGCUGUUGUUGUUGAAAAAGAAGAGAUACGCUGCGAUAAUGGUGAACGAGAACGGCGAGACGAAACGAGAGUUGAAAGGACUUGAUGUUGUGAGAAGAGAAUGGUGUUUAUUUAGUAAGGAAAUUGGGAACUAUUGUAUCAACCUCAUACUCAAGGACGAAGGAAAAGAAAAGACUCUGCACGACCUUGAGAAUUACUUCAAGAAGAUUGCAAGCGACUUGCGAGGGGGAAAGGUGGACAUUGCAAAACUUGUCAUUGUGAAGGGGCUCAGUAAAGAUCCCAAAGAAUACGCACAGAAGACAAUUGAACACGUUUCUGCAGCGCUGAAGUCGACAAAGGAGUACAAGGCGGGAGACCAAGUCAAGUUUGUGAUUCGACAAAACCUCGAGAAUGAGAAUGUUGGAGUUGUCGAGCGAGCUUUGCCACUUGACCAAAUUGAAAAGUUUGAACAUUUCCAAAUCGACUAUGAGUACUACCUCGAGAACCAGAUUUUUGCGCCCGUUUCGAGAAUUUUUGAGGUGUUCAGUGGAAUGAACAAUAAAAUUCGAGAGUGGAUUGGGUUGAGGCAGAUUCAAAGUUUAUUAGUAAAAGCAAGCGGCGAGAGAGGCGGAGGGGUCGAGUUGGAGUGUUUGAAAUGCAAAGAGAAGUUUCUAUGGGAAGGAUAUAAAGAAAAGGAUAUGAAAUGCCACUGCGAGAAGUGUAAGAAUGUUUUUGAGUCGACGGAGUUGGUGGUCAUUUGUAAAGCCGCGAUGGAUGCGGUGUUCAGUGAGUAUCUUGACCAGACUGUGAAAUGCACUGAAUGUGGAAAAAUUGUUAAAAAGAGUGAAAUGAACGGAGAGGGGUUUGAGUGUUGUGGAGAGUUUUAUGAAUUUGCGAAAAACAAGACGGAUGUCAUGAAAAUUCUGACAGAUUUUUAUGUCGUCACGUCGUAUAAACUUAACGGAAUGAAGGAAGACUCGGAUAUUGCGGCAGUACACCGAACUGUCGAGACAAUGCUUGACAAACCUUUUUUGCAAAGGGGAUAUAACUGA